ACAUCUUUAUGUGGCAACAACAAUGGUCGUAAAGGCGACGACCAUCACUACAGUAGAAAGUGUGCUCCACCACCAACACCAUGUAUUCCUGAUUUCAAAAAGAAAAUUGUGAUUGAUAAAUGUCACUUGAUGGCCGAUCGUUCGUCGCCAUUCACGGUGCAUGUAACCGUUAUUUUGAUCCAGCCGCCUUGAUCAGUAAUUGUAAAUAUGACGCAUGUCGCUGCACAGAUCCAGUGAAAUGUGUUUGUAACGCUUUUGCUGCUUACAGUAAACUUUGUGUUGAAUAUGGUAGUCUUAUUGACUGGAGAUUUAAGGGAACUUACUUAUAUCCAAAACUUAAAGAAUGUGAACAAACAUGCAGCAACAAAGGAGAAAUUUUCACCGAAUGCGGAUCUGCUUGUGCAAAAACAUGUCGUGAUAUAUCACGUGGUCUAAACUGCAGUGAAACCUGCAUUCCCGGUUGUCAUUGUCCCAAAGGAUCUUACUCGGAUGACAAGAAUCAUUGUGUUCCUAUGAAGAAAUGCCCAUGUUUCUUUGAAGGAAAAUAUUAUAAAGCUGGCGAAAAUGUCAAAGUUGGACGAUGUAAAACAUGUACGUGUAAUAUGGGAGCCAUGGCGUGUAUCGAAGAUCGAAACUGUUCUUCUAACGGUCCUUGUGAGUCUUUCCCGUGUAAAAAUGAUGGUGUUUGUAUGGAGGAAGGAAAUAAUUUUACUUGUAUUUGUACGAAAGAAUAUCAAGGAAAAACUUGUGAAGAGGUAAAACCAACACCGUGUGACUCGCGUCCUUGUAAAAACAACGACAUUUGUACAAACAAAGGAGGAAACUUCACAUGUGAAUGUGCUUCUGGUUUUGAAGGCAAAACUUGUGAAGUCAUAAAUGCUUGUGCCAAAGAACCAUGUAAGACAGACGGCGUUUGUUCAAGUAAUGGAUCUUCUUAUCGAUGUGAAUGUAAAUUUGGUUUCACUGGAAAGUAUUGCCAAGAUAUAGAUGCUUGUGCUAAAGAACCAUGUCAAAAUAAUGGUACUUGUACAAGUGUUGGAUUCUCCUAUCAAUGCAACUGUACAUCUGGUUUCAAUGGAACGAAUUGUGAGGUUGUGAUGAAGUCACGUUAUAAAGAGUGCAAAAGUUACAAAUGGUAGAAACAGAGAAGCAGAAAUGUUAAAUAUGGGCAUGGUAAAAAGUUAAAAUGUGACAGACGUCUCUCAAAAGGAUGGUACAGAUUUGGUGGUGGAGCUGGAACUAAAAUG